AUGUCAGAUCAAUUACCUGGGGCUUUCCCAUCAACACCUUCUUGUCAAAAUAAAAUUUUUGAACAAAAAACUCCAACUGCUACAGAUUUUAAAUUUACACCUUUAUCCAGCAUGUCUGGUGUCAAGAAACAAUUAUAUCCUAAUAUAUCACAUUUAAAAGGAGGUAAUAAUGACGAUGAUGAUCUGGCAAGAAGUAUAAAAGAAAAAGGUUAUAGUAGUAACAUAAGUACAAAAGUCUUAUCUGAAUUAAAUCAAAGAGCUGCUUCCAAAAAUUCACAUUUACAAAAUAAAUCAUCUGUACUAAGUCCAAGAAGCUCAAGAUAUAAUACAUCUCAUAGAUCAAGAUUUCAAAAAAUGGAUUCAAUAUCUUCACAUUACGCUGCAAGUACUAGAAGAAAUCAGGUUCAAGCAAGAAUGGAUUCUAUGUCUAAGCCAAUCAAUAGACAAGAAUUGGAACAAGAUAAAGAAAACAUACCAUCUUAUGAUCCAAACUCUAAACGUUCUGGUAAUUCUGAUAUAGCAAGUGCAGCAAAAAGAAGAAAAACUGAAGUUGGUGUUAAAGAAGUUCGUUCUUCAUAUAAACCAACGUUAACACCAUCUAAAAAGGAAACAAAUUUGCAAAAAAUCUUGAAUUCGUUACCAUCUGCACCAAAGGAAAUCAAAGAGACCAAAACUUUGAAAACAAAACCUUCAAUUUCACAAUUCUCUAAACCGAAACCAAAUAUUCCAAGUUCAACAAGUACGAAAACUUUAAGAGAAUCAAGAUCAAUUUCACAUCUACCCAAAACCCUCACAAAACCAACAGCAAGUUCGCAACUAAGAGCUUCAGCAAGUAUAGCCAAUCUAAAACAACCACAACAAACAUUAAGACACACAACAUCAACAAGAACUUUACCAAAAUCUACAACAUUAAGUAAUUUGACGAAACCAACAGCAUCAAGUAUUUCAAGAUCAUCAUCAACAGUGAAUAAUUUGAAUCAUCAAUUGACUUCAAAACCAUCAAGAGAAGCAUUAUCAACUUCAAGAAUACCCAGAUCAAAAUCAAUAAUGAAUGAUAAAUCAAGACCACUGUGGAGAUAA